GUGCCCUCUCUCCAUUGUGAUCCACCCGUGGGUUCUGCUCUUCAGCCACCUCGUUCGACCUGUCAAGUCCUCAAUCUCGGCUUCGAAUUCGAUUCGACUCGUCCGGCCUGUCACUUCGCGCCACAUUUUCUUCUUGGUUCCUUCACGACGCGGCCGCCCCUCAAUUUGAUGAUCCAUCUGACAGCCCGAAUGCGCACGCGUCUCCGCUCAUUAUCCGGUACUAGCGUCCUUCUCGGCGAAUUCGUGCUCUUUUAGCUUUAGCUGACCCACUCGAAUUCCUCGAACGAUCCUUCCAAGCCCCCCCUUUUUUUUUUUUUUUUUUUGCGCUAGUCCUCUUUACCCACGAUGUUUCUGCGUUGCUGGAAACCGCCGUGGGUCUAUCUCGGUCCUCUCGAUACCUUCGCAAGCGCCAUCGUCUCGUCUAUAAAUACCGUCCUCGCUUCUGUGUUUCCUCGCUUUCCUCACCAGCCUACUUCCCCAGCCAGCUGCAUCAACUCCCCUUCCAACACUCACCACGUCCAUCGGGUUGUUUUCUUGAGCUGUACUUCUUCUUUCACCACUACCACCAUGUCGCCCGAAACCUCCAACAUGUCAUCGCCUGUUGAGAUCCCUGCACCUUGUAGCUACCAAGCAAUAUCGAAUCCGACUCCGGUCGACGAUGUAAGUUCUGGUCGUUCUUUCCCUGCACGCGGCAACUGGAGCCCACUCUUGUGUCCGACGCUGAGGCUGUAGGUUGACGGUUGUUACACUCAUAGUCGAUCGUCUCUAGCUAUCAAUGUUGUCUGCUUCAAGCAAAAUCCAGAGACCGUUCCCAAGUCGCAUCGUCUGCAAGCUUUCCUGAUUCAAUCAAAUCCAGUCCUGAACCCGUUGUCUUAGUCGCUGUCCUCUUCAUACUCCGAUAGGUACUGAAUUGACAGUUUUUGCUUUCAUCGCCAUGUAUUUGUUUGUGUUGAAAAGUCUGAGCCGCAUUCUAGAUACAGAUCAUCAACCCAAGCCAAAUCCAGAGGUUGUGACCCGUUUGCAUCCAUUCCAUAGUACUUCCAUGCCUUAAUGGUUCAGCUCAAAAUUGAUGUAUAAUAAGUGCUUUCGUCACCACUCGGUCGCCAAGGGCUCCAUCGCACGAGGUUCAUUUGAGUAUCCUAUCCUUGUCCUAAGCUUCAGUGUUGGAUCGCGAUCAAGCCUACACCCUGGUCUCCUCCUUGAAUGAAUCACAAGCAGUCCAAAUCGUUGGACCAGGUCGCCACUUUUCUUUUGAGUAUUCAGAAUAGAAUCGCGAGCAUUCCCUUCUCAUCCUAGAUUCAAGUCAUCCUUCCAAAGACGCCAGAGACUGAUAAUAAGUUUCAUUCAGUCUAAAAAAAACCUCCCAAUUGAUUCGCGUCCAGUCCUUCUUCAUCAGUAUCCUAUACAAACUCCUAGGCCUUCAGAGUUGAUUCGCGAUCCAGCUAUCACCAUUCUAGAGCAAAGUCGUUGGUCCAGAGGUCCAAUAAUAUAAUUA